AUGUUUCGACGAAAGGCCAAUCCUGAGGUGCCCAAACCCGUCGAAUUACCUCCUCAAAGGAAUGAAGAUCAAGUUCCGUUGAAAGUGGCAAUAAUAGGAUGUGGACAACGAGGUGAUCGCGUAUACGGCGAAUGGUUUGCCACAAAUCGUGAUAAAGGAAUCGUAGUGGCUAUAGCUGAACCUAAUGCAACUCGUCGUGAAAAGACGGCAUUGAAACAUAAUUUGCCUGCCAACCGUGUGUAUGUUGAUUGGGAGGAUUUCGUGCAGGCUCAUGAUAAUGAAGGAUCCAGGAUUGCUGAUGCGUUGUUGGUGUGUACUCAGGAUCAAACUCAUGUGGACAUUGUCGAAGCAGGAUCUAAACGAGGAUAUGACAUCUUGUGCGAGAAACCACUGGCUACCGAAAUCAGUGAGGUUGUGAGGAUUAUCAAAGCAGUGAAAGAUGCCAAUGUGAUAUUUGGCGUCGCUCACGUUUUACGGUACUCGCCAUACACACAGGGCAUCCAGAGUCUAUUAAAACGUGGAGAUCUUGGUAGCGUUGUUAAUGUUCAGCAUUUGGAACCUAUCGGAAAUAUUCAUUUCUCUCAUAGUUACGUCCGAGGCAACUGGAGGAACGAAUCUACCUCGUCCUUUACGCUCUUGACAAAGUCAUGUCACGAUCUAGACCUGCUCAACUUGUACUUUCAAGGCAAACGAGCCACGAAAAUAUCAUCGUUUGGAUCAUUGUCGUACUUUAGGCCAGAAAACAAACCACCGAAAGCUGGAGACUCAACACGAUGCUGGAACUGUCCCGCUGAGAAAGAAUGCACGUAUAGUGCAAAGCGGAUUUACUGCGAGCCUGCUUCAAAAGGGAACUUUUCAUUUCCCGUGUACGUCAUAACCGACAUUGAAAACCUCGCCUCCGUCGAGCACGCAGUGCAAACCGGCCCAUACGGCGAAUGUGUCUACAACGGCACCAACAAUGUAAUCGACAGCCAGAUCGUAAGCAUUGAAUUCGAAGGCGGCGGUACCGCCUCCUUCACCAUGACAGCCUUCACCCAAAUCCUUGGGCAGCGGGUAACGCGCAUCAACGGCACAAAGGGUGAAAUUACAGGUGACAUGCAUGAAUUUAAUCAUUACGCAUUCGAUACGAGACGGAACAAAAAGUAUUGUCCGUUGCCUGCUAAUCCGAGUGGGCAUGGUGGUGGAGAUUGGGGUGUUAUUGAGGCGUUUGUCGAUGCUGUUAGGCAGAGGGAUCAGAGUUUGAUGGGGUGUACGCCUGAUGAUGUGCUGGAGUCGCAUCUGUUGGUGUUUGCUGCUGAGGAGUCGAGGAGGAAGGGGGUUACGGUUGAUGUUGGUGAGUAUAGAAAGGCUGUUGGGGCUAAUUUGUAG